CGCUUCGUUAACGGACGGAACGGUUAUAUCGCUAUGGAGCUACGGGGAAUCCUCGUUCUUGUCGUGAUCCUCGCCCAGGGAUCACUGGGUGCCGUCCACGAUGACCUGGCCCAGUGCGGCCUACAUGGUGUCUAUCGACAGCGACAGAGUCUCAUCGAUUCCCCAAAUUAUCCGGACAACUAUCCGGUGAACACCUGCUGGGACUAUGUGGUGCGAUCUCCCUACCGCUGUCCCACCAAGUUCCACAUCCAGUUCCUCGACUUUAAGCUGGAGCUCUCGGAGAACUGCAGUCGGGAUUAUUUGGCCAUUGGCCUGGAUAACGAUGGCGAUGACAUGGAUGUCCUGUGCGGCCAAGUGCUGGGCAUCAAGAAGUAUCACACUCCGGAUGGCGUUCUGCGUCUGCGAUUCCUCAGCGACGACUCGCCGUGGACAACGAACGGGGGCUUUCGCCUGCUCAUCACACGUCUGGCCUGCGAAAGGGAGGAUUUGGUGGCCAGGGGCCUGGGGGAUGAUGACGACGAGGAUGUAGUGGAUGGGGAUACAGUGCAGGUGAACGCCAAGUCGCCGCCCAAGAAGCAUCAUCAUCUGUUGCAUCCUCAACAGCAGCAGCAGCAGCAACAGCAGCUGGAGCAGAUUCCCCCCCAACAAUCAUUGAACUUUACACAGCAAACAACAAAUCCUUCGGGAUUUCCGUUUGGCUUGCCCCAGCGUCUGGGCUAUCCUGCUGGCUAUUAUCCUCCUCAGCAGACGCCACCUUGUGCACCUUCCCAGCAGCAGUUGCAGUUCCAAGAGCAGCAGAGAUUCCUUCAACAGCAACAGCAGCAACUCUUGCAGCAGCAACUCUUCCAGCAGCAGCAACUUCAGAGACCUCAACAGCAACAACAGCUCUUGCAGCAGCAACUCCUUAAUCCUCAGCAGGUCCUGAGCCCCCAGCAACUCCAAAUCCCUAACCAGAACAUACAGAACCCUCAGCAGGAGCUGCCUCUCAUCUCCGAUCAAUAUCAGACCACUUCCUUCCAACCCCAUGCCGUUACACUCAAGGAUUAUGAUUCCCAGAGCCUGCAGCAGUUUGGCGGACAGCUGGAUCUUUGCUGUGCCAGCAGCUUCAAUCAGAACCACUUCUAUCUGUCCAGUCCGGGUUUCCCGAGGACUGUCUUCAACUAUCUGCUGCCCAAUCAGCAGAGGGACUGCGUCUUUUACAUAGAGAAAAGCUCGCCGAAUGUGUGCCGCUUGAGGAUACAGUUCAAGUUCUUUGAUUUUGGACAGAAUGCAGGAGGAGCAGGCUUUGGAGGCGUCUCUGGAGGAGGCUUUGGAGGUGGAAUCUCAGGUUUCAAUGGUGGCUUUGCCGGCCAGCAAGCCUGCAAUGGUGACUUCCUGGAGGUCGAUGGCCAGCGUUACUGCGGCUGCCGCUCGGGCUUUGUCCACAAGUCGCAUUGGGCCCAGGGACGCAAGGCUCUGCGUAUGCGGAUCGGCCAGUCCAGCAGCACCACCUCCAAUGGCUUUCUGCUAGAGAUUUACCAGGAUCAGGACUCGGAUGGCUGUCGCCAGGAUGCUAUACCAGGUUUCGGCUUGGGCCUCCAGCAACCGUCGCAGCCGCAGCCCCAGUUGCCUCAAAGAGGCUUGGGUUUGGGUGUGGGCUUGGGCUUGUGGCCACAGCCUGGCCUGGGUGUGGUUCCUCAGCUGGGACAGCCGAAUCUUUGGCCAAUGCAGGCUGCCGGCGGCGCUGCCUAUCUCAGUGGCUAUCCAGUGUCCUUUAGUCCCACGCCCUAUCGACAGGCCAGAAGGAUAGCCUAUGCCCGGGGCAUCGAUGCCCAACAGCCCUCGCGCGUGGUGGAAACGAACUCAACCAGAAAGGAGUUUUAUUAUUUCGAUGGCGACGAAGCCUUUGCCCGCUCCGCCUUGGAGAACGAUGAAGAUGAGGACAAGCUGCCAAUAGAAACCAAGCCUACUUCCCCGGUGGUUACCAAGGCCUUUGAGCAGAGCAGCUGCUCCUUUGAUUACAUGGAGGUACUGAAGCUAUCGGUGGACACUCUUUGGCUGACCAAGCCUCUGUGCUUCUCGCCGCUGAGGAGUUGGUUUCCCAAUAUUUUUGGCUAG